CUGACCGAAAUCAAUUUGACGACAAUGCAAGUUUACAAACAUUUGAAUGUGUUGAUAGCAUCAGAUUGGCGUGUAGGUCUGUAGGAAUUAAAAUCGCGACUCGAAAUAAUUGAUGGCCCACUUGGAGCAAGUUUCCAAACUGUCUGAGGUGCACCCCAAGCCCCCUGGUUUGGUUUUGCAGUAUGGCACGGCUGGUUUCAGGACCAACGCCAGCCGUCUGGAUCACGUCAUGUUCCGUAUGGGCCUGCUGGCCGCGUUGCGAGCCAAACAAACCAAAGCCGCCAUCGGCGUCAUGGUUACUGCCUCCCACAACCCCGAGGAAGACAACGGGGUGAAGCUGAUUGACCCCAUGGGCGAGAUGGUGACGCUCGCUUGGGAGGGCUACGCCACCCGGCUGGCCAAUGCGGAGCAGCAGGAGUUGCUUUCGGUGCUGGAGGACAUCCUGGAGAAAGAAGACAUCGACAAGAGCCAGGGGGCCUUAGUGUUUGUGGGCAAAGACACCAGGAGCAGCAGUGAAAGGCUGUCACAAGCAGUCCUGGAUGGCGUAUCGUCAUUGGGAGGACGCAGCAAAGACUACGGCUUGGUGACCACCCCGCAGCUUCACUACAUGGUUUGCUGUCACAACACGCACGGGCAAUACGGCGAGGCCACGGUGGAAGGAUACUACGGGAAACUCUGCCAGGCGUUUAUCGAGCUCACCAAAAAUACACCCAACCGUACUGACGACCAGAAGCACCUGACGGUGGACGGCGCCAAUGGCAUCGGCGCGCUGAAGCUGCGAGAGAUGGAGCGUCACCUCAAGAGAGAGCUGCAGAUUUCACUCUUCAACGAAGGUCACGGAAAGCUCAACCACCAGUGCGGGGCCGACUUUGUCAAAGUGCAGCAAAAGCCACCCACAGGGGUCAAGGUCCAAAGCGGCGAGCGCUGCUGCUCCUUUGACGGCGACGCCGACCGUAUCGUUUAUUACUACACCGACAGCGAGGACCGCUUCCACCUCCUAGACGGAGACAAGAUAGCAACGCUCAUCAGCACGUUCCUCAAAGAGCUGCUCAUGCAGGCUCGCUUAAAUUUAAAGAUAGCUGUGGUGCAAACGGCCUACGCUAACGGCAGCUCCACGCGCUACCUGGAGGACACAAUGAAGGUGAUUGUGAGGUGCACGAAGACGGGAGUGAAGCACCUCCAUCACGCGGCGCAGGAGUUUGACACCAGCGUUUACUUUGAGGCUAACGGCCACGGGACGGUGUUGUUCAGCCGUGCGGCCGAGGAAAAGAUCAGACAACUGGCCGAGGACGUCAACACCGAUGACACCAGGAAGAGAGCGGCCAUUCUUCUGCAGCACAUCAUCAACGUCACCAACCAGACGGUAGGCGACGCCAUUUCUGACAUGCUGCUGAUCGAGGCGAUCUUGGCCUUGAAGGGAAUGACGGUGCAGCAGUGGGACGCCAUCUACACCGACGUGCCCAACCGGCAACUGAAAGUCAAGGUGUCAGACCGCCGGGUGAUCGACACGACCGACGCUGAGAGACGUGCGGUGAGCCCGGCGGGCCUGCAGGACGCCAUCGACGCCUCCGUGGCAAAGUAUCGACACGCUCGUGCCUUCGUGAGGCCGUCCGGCACGGAGGACGUGGUCCGAGUUUACGCUGAAGCGGACACUCAGGAGAGCGCUGACUCCUUGGCACAUGAAGUAAGCCUUGCAGUGUAUCGCCUCGCUGGCGGGGUGGGAGAUGAACCAAAACCUUUGCACUAGAAAACUAUGCAGUCGUAAACAGAAACUUGAACUGGUGUUGCCGCAAUACCAAUGCAGUACCUCGAGACGGAAACGAUACUGUGAUGAAAACGUGAAAAAGGUAAAACACAAUAGAAUAAUAGCCGAUAGCUGAAUGACUUCAAAUUCUUUAUCCAUUUCGGAACCACAAGGCCGGCAGGCAUGUUGGAGCCUAUUACAUUUGUAUUAAUUCAGAAAAUCAUAAGGAUACUGUUGAUCAAAGAAAUACAGAUUGAACUUUUUUUUUUAUUUUUAAAACACUACUGAAGAUAUAAUAUAUCCAAAACAGGGGUAUGUUGAUAGGGUGUGGGGGGGUGGAAGGUGCUAUUGAUGCUAUGAUGACUGAUAAUACAGAGGAAAAAAAAUACUAUCUGCUCCCUAAUUCAGAGCUACAGACAAACCAUUAGAGGUGAACCAAUGAAUCACCUAUUUGAUUAUCAAAUAAAUCAUGAUUUUUGAUAAUCCAUGAAUCGUUUUCGGUACCAUUCUCAUUUUAAUAUUGAAAAUUCUGCUUCUCACCAGUAUAUUUUCCUCAAUAUCUACUCCUCAAUGAAAGCAGACUUUUCUUUGUAUUGAACAUUUGCGUUUACAUCAAUAAUCAACAUUUUUGCUGAUUUUCUGUCAUGUUAUGGACCAGACCAGAAACUGUCUCAUAAUUCAUCUGGUUGUGCACUUUCUGCGCUGUCGAUUUGAAAUGAUGCCUUGUUUUUUGAAGGAUGGGAAUUCAAACAUGCUUUUUUUUUUUAAAUACGGUUAAACAACAAAAUAAGUGAAGGAUAAAUUAACGAUGACAAUAUUUAGUUGCAGCCUUGCAAAAUCUCUUCAUUUAAUCAUGAUAAUAUAAUCCUGCAUCAGAUUUACUGAGCGCUUUUCUGUAACACACUCAAAGUGUGCAGUACUUCGCUAUACAAGCAGUGCCUCUUUGAACGAAAAUGAUCAGGAACAAGAAUGCUUUUAGUAAAAUAAUUCAUACACAUGAAAUGAAGUGUUUGAAAUGUGUUGUGACCAGGUCCGUCUUUUCAGAUUAAAAAAAAAAAGAAAAAAUCACGUUUACACCAGGCAGUUCUUGAAAUCACCUUGGACCAUUGCUGCACAAAGAAAUAAUGGGAUGAAUUGCAAAUUGUCAAACCUCAUUCUAUGUACUUGAUUUCUUUUUUUUAAUAAAUCAUUCACAUUUGGAAGAACA